AUGUUUGGUACGACACUAUUACUCAAUCUUCUAGUUAUUGCUGCAAUUGUUUCUGCUCGGAAACGAUGCAAGUCAGCGUUUUUCAAACUAGUCGGAAUGCUCUCUGUUUUAUUCCUGUUUCAUUGUAUAUCAAUGCUAGUUCUGAAGUUCUUACCUAUAUUUUUCUCGUAUUCGUUUAUUUAUCAGAACGAAAUUUCUUUACAUAUAGACAUAUUUGUGAAGUACUGCAGUAUCCUACUGAUUUUUAUACUAUCUUUGGAUCGAUUCUCCGUCUUCAAGAUUGAAAGACUUGAACGUUUUAUUUCAUCCAGAUUUGGACCGUGGAUACUAGCUUUACUGGCUUCUUUAAUUGCCGUUUCUACUACUGUGGUUGUUGUAAAAGUUGGCAGUAUGAAGAGAUCGUAUAUUAAUGGUCUUGGAUAUUUUGACUACUCACCUUCAUCAGUCGCUUUAACGGUUGCAAACUACUGCUCUAUCGUUAUCUCACUUCUGUCAAUUGGUUUACAUGUUUUUAUUUACUUAUGGAUGAAGAAAAUUCGCUCAACAUUUGUUCAUUCAAAGACCCACACAACUGGAAGGGCAGAGCGUUUGAUGUCAUUACAAGUUGUACUUAUCGCCACAUUCGAGCUGGUAGUGUUGUAUAAGUUUGCUGAGUACUGCCAUACAGACUUUAAUGCGUUUCUCCUAGAAGCUGCUGCUGUGCACCAAGUUUUGAAUCCAUAUUUACUCAAACUUGCUUAG